CCAUAUUCACCACAUCUUUUAAUUUCUCCUUGACGCAGGAGGUCGCGAGCGGACGCCGCCGCCCAACCUCGCCCCUUGCUGGUGGCCGCACGCCGCCGCCGGCUGUCCGCUGCCGACCGCCCGGUUCAGCUCCAUCCACGCAGGCCUCCUCCACCCUCCAGGCCCCCUCCGCCUGCCGCCCUUCCCUGGCUCGACGGCCUAGGGUUUGGGGCGGCCGAGCUUCCCACCAGCGGUCUCCUGUUGGCCCAACGCAAGCAGGCCGUCCACCACCGGGUUCGUCGUCGGUGACACUUGCAACCGCCCAUCCUCCAACCGCCGUUGGGACGCCGUGCGAUGCGGAUGCCUCCAUGUAGCCGCAACCGCAACCGCAGGCCCGGGGCACCAGGUUGGUGCGGGCGGCGCGGGUUGCGCGCUUCCUGCAGUGACGACCGCCUCAGCGCCCUCACCGACGACCUACUGCUCCUCAUCUUGCGCCGCCUCGACACCCGCACGGCGCUAGCCACCGCAACCCUCUCGAAGCGCUGGAGUUGCCUGCCCCGCUGUCUCGAUGCCCUCGAUUUCAGGGUCACUGACAUACUCCCGGCGCGCUACUACCAGUGGAUCAGUAUCCACGGUAAAGCCGCUAAUUAUGCUUAUGGUUUGGGCGUCGAUCUCAAGGUGCUCCGCGACAACAUUAAGCGGUAUGAGCGCCGUGCUAUGCGUGCUAUGACCUCAUCCAUCAACAACUUCCUCGACGCAGAUGAUGAUCAGGACAGAGGCAGUCUAGGCCUCUGGAGUGUCCGAACACUGCGGCUUGAUUUCUUUCCUGGUCAUUGUUCAAGUGGCAUCAACCGAUUGAUAGCUAAGGCUGCUGAUUCGUGGGGGGUCGAAGAUCUGGAGGUUUUAGUUAAGAAUACAUUCCAGCAACAUUUUGCCCACAGUUUUCCUCACCAUGGUCUCUGCAACAAUCCACACAACUCCCGACUAAGAAGUUUGAAGCUGGCAGCCUGCUACAUUCCACCAUUGAAGGGCUUCCAUGCGCUCACCAGCCUGGUCUUGCAAGAUUUACCAGAGUCCACUCCAACCGCAGCCUAUGAAGCUAUUUUCACCUUGUGCCCGCAGCUACAAGCACUGCACCUCAAGUCCUGCACACUGAACCAAGGUGUUGUGGCCGUACACGCCCCCAAAUCACAGAUCAAGCAACUUAUCAUGGAGCAUUGCUGGUUUGGGCUGAUUAAGCUGUACACUCUGCCACUGCUCGAGAGCAUGGCUGUUCUGCAAAGUAAUGUGAGUUAUGAGCUUAGCUCCUUCCCAUACCUCACACACUUGAAUAUCGCCUUUCACCGUGGUGUCACAAAAACCCGCUGUGUUCGUGUUGGAAAUUAUUAUGACCUCAAUCAGUAUCUUGGAGGAACCCCGGGAAUAAGUGACCUUAUAGUACGCUUCACUGGAUAUGACAGAUGGUUCAAACCUUGGAGCCCCACAUUGUUGUUCCCUAAACUCAGGAGGCUUCUGAUUGCUGAUGUGCCUUCAUCCUGGGAUGUCUCUUGGCCCCGCCUCCUUAUUGAGGCGGCACCAUGCCUCGAGUGCCUUCACAUCCAUAUUACCCCUUGGGAGGAGGAGCCUCAUGAUGACAUUUCGUGGGAACCCUCUGAGUUCUGCCAUAAUCAGCUAAAGGAGUUGGUGAUAAUUGGUUUUCAGGGAGCGGAGAGACAGAUUUACUUUGUUAACUUUGUUAUUAAAGUAUCAACGUCAUUGCAGCUUGUUUCCUUGUACAAAAAUGGACAUGUUCAGGACAGGGGGCGCUGGAACUGGGACAUUGUGACACAGCAAUACCAAUGGGUUAAAGAGGAGAAGGUUAAAAUACUGAACCAGAUUGCUGAUAGCGCUCCUUGCGCUGCUACACCCGUUCAGGUGGUUCUGGAAUAAUCUCCAACAUGCACGAGUUGAAUAAAAUACAUAGGUUAUGUAUGCAUAAAUACUGCUCCCAGAUUGAUCUAUGUAAUUUAUAAACCUGUUUCAAGGAGUUAUGAUGUGAUCUCCUGUGUGUUGAAUAAAUUGCAUAAGUCAUGUCUUAUGUAUGUGUAAUUUGUUCUCCCGAUGUAAAUGAUGUAGCAUGCAAUUCUCUUACUGCUCAAUUGAUCCACUUAUUAUUUCUGUACUAUGUAGCACGUGAAUCAAAUACUGCACAUGUUAACCUGUGUA